AUUCCGGCGUGUGCCGCGAGCGGGCGAGGAGCGCAGCCGUGUGACUCAGAGUGAGAGCCGCGAGGGGCCGGGCCGUGCGGCGGCCAGCAGUGAACAGAGUGCGGUGACGAGCCAGCUGUGAUCGGUGACACGCGGAGUGUCGGCGAACGGUGCGGUGACGGUCCAACGGUGACCAGCCGUGCGCGAGUGCGCGACUGAAUCGCGAGCGUGAGCAGAGAACAAACCAAGCACGGAUCCCGUACAGGCGCGGCCGGCCGGGCGCCAUGCUCUGAUGGCCAGCCCUGUGCCGGCUGCCGGCGCGGCGGCUCGGCCGCGUGAGGAGCGUCUCCGGCUGGCGGCCAGCCUCGGUCACACGGAACAGGUGGAGGCGCUGAUCGCCGCCGGCACCCCCGUCACCGCCGAUGUGGAGGGCAGGACGGCACUGCACCUGGCCUGCGCCGGAGGCCACGCAGAGGUGGUGGCCGCGCUCCUCUCUGCCGGCUGCGACGCCAACUGCCCGGAAAAGAGCGGCCACACGCCGCUGCAGCGGGCGGCCGCCGAGGGCCACGUUCAGGUGGUGCAGCAGCUCAUCCAGAAGGGCGUCACGGUCGACCACCAGGACGAGGUGAACGGUAACACGGCGCUGCACGAGGCGGCCUGGAAGGGCUACAGCCAGUCGGUGGACGCACUGCUGCGGGCGCGCGCUAACAUGUACCUGCGCAACCGGGGCGGCUUCACGGCGCUGCACCUGGCCUGCCAGAACGGCCACAACCAGACGUGUCGACUGCUGCUGCUGGCCGGCUGCAGUCCCGACAUCAGCAACAGCUACGGCGACACGCCACUGCACACGAGCGCGCGGUAUGGCCACGCCGGCGUGAUGAGGAUCCUGAUCAGUGGGGACGCCAGUCUCUCCGAACAGAACAAGAACGGCGACACGGCGCUGCACAUUGCCGCCGCCAUGGGCCGGAGGAAACUCACCAGGAUCCUGCUGGACGGCGGCGUCGACUACAACCUCAGGAACAAGCAGGAGGAAUCGGCGCUGCAGAUCGCUCUCAGGAAGGAGCACGUCGAGAUCGUCGAGAUGAUCAGCAACCCGCCGGAGGUGACGCGACUCUCCACGAAGCGCGAGGAGAAGCGCGCCAAACCGGAGAGCGGCUCCUCCAGCAAGGAGGGGAGCGGAAAGCACAUCGACAAGAAAAAGAAAUCGUCCAAGGUGCACUUCGAGCCCAAGAAGUCGUCCAAGACGAAGAAGCCGUCGCCCAAGUGGUCUCCGUACGGGUGUUUCUACCCGCCGGAUAUGACAGAGUUUCCGCAGCCGCGGCUGGACACGCUGCCCAAGGACCCGCUGGGCAAGGGCGAGCAGUACUACCUCGACCUCUCCGGCAACAUCAGGAAGGGCCCCGUCGGAGAGGGGUACACGUGCUACUGCGCGCCCUUCUUCCGCCACGUCGAGGACAAGCUGGACAAGGACAAGCACGAGCUGAUCCACCACAUCGACCUGACGCACGGCAAGCUGGACAAGAAGAUCGCCAGUCUGGAGAAGCGCACCCGCACGCAGCUCACCGGCAUCAACGAGCUGAUGCGCGAGCGCUUCAGCCGCGAGCGGGCCGAGUGCGCCAACCGCGCCGAGCGGGUGGCGCUGCGCACGCGCACCGAGCUCGAGCGCCGCCAGGGCGUGCAGCUGCGCGGUGUCAAGGACGACCUGACCGCCUACCUGGAGGGCAAGUUCACCCAGCUGGGCGUGCGGGACGGCGUGCUGCGGGCCAGCGCGCGCCACCUGUACAAGGCGCGCAGCGAGGAGCUGCUCACCGACAUCAGCGACGACGACGACCUGGAGAGCGGCGGCAGCGGCGGCGCCGAGGGCGGCCUGCGCGUGCUGCAGCGGCCCUCCGAGUACCCGCCGCUCCGCUCGGCCGGCUCGCUCAGCGACCUGCGCCGCCGCCUCGAGCAGGAGGACUCGACCGAGACGGCGCCCAGCGAGCCGGCGGCCGCCUCGCCGCGCCACCACCCGCUGCCGCUGCGGCCCGGCGACACCCAGGACGGCUACGGCGCGCGGCCAAAGCACGGCGCCGUGCUGGAGGUGCGCAACGCCCACCUGCGCGCCGGCGCCGAGCCGUGGCCGGGCGGCGCGCGCGUGCCGCCCGGCUACGUGGGCUACCCGGCCGGCGCCACCGAGUCCGGCGGCCCGUACUCGCCGCUCGCCUACAACAACCCCGGCUACGUGCAGUACGAGCCGCUGCCGCCGGGCGCGCCGGCGCCGGCGCCGGGGGCGGUACCGGGUCGGCCGCCGCCGGGCCGCCAGUUCCGGCCGCUGGAGCUCGAGGAGACCACUGACCAGCACAACGACUCGGGCUACAGCACCAAGAUCUACGGCAGCAGCCAGGGCCCGUCGCCGGCGCUGUCAGGAGUACCAGAGGACGAGGCGCAUCUCCAUCCGAGUACACAGCUGCACCACACUUCUCAGCCGUCUCCGUCUCACUCGGGACGGACGGUGACUCCCGAUCAGAGCGGGGGGCACUCGCAGUCGCCGUCUCUGGCGCACCACCCGGCGCCGCUGUCACUGCCGCCGGGACAGACAGGGCUGCACCCGAGCCAGACAGCACCCUAUCCGGGACAGACAGGAUUACACCCGGGACAGACAGGACUACAUCUGGGACAAACAGCACCCCAUCCCGGCCAGACAGCGAUCCACCCUGGACAGAACGGGCUGCACCCCGCGCCGAACGGCCUGCACCCCGCGCCGAACGGCCUGCACCCCGCGCCGAACGGCCUGCACCCCGCGCCGAACGACCUCCACCGGGGCGCGGGCGGGCCGCCGGGCGCUCACCCGGCCGGCCGGCUGUCUCUGGGGCCGCGUAUCCAGGCUCUGCAGACACACCUGGCGCGGAUCACCGAGGAUAUGUCCGGUCUGGAGCAGACGCUCGACCCGCCCGGCAUCAAAUCCAGCCUGGUGUGACCGGAGCGUGGAGCGGCGCGUACAAACGACCUGCCGGCAGCGCGGCGCUGGCGGCGUCCGUCGGCCACAGCCGCCGGAGGGGACGCCAGUGCCACCCGAUACCGGGACCGGCCGGAGCCGCCGGAGGGGACGCCACUGUCCCUCCAGAUACCGGCCACAGCCGCCGGAGGGGACGCCACUGUCCCGGACCGGCCACAGCCACCGGAGGGGACGCCACCGUCCCCAGAUACCGGGACCGGCCGGAGGGGACGCCAGUGUCCCUAGAUACCGGGGCCGGCCACAGCCGCCGGAGGGGACGCCAGUGCCACUGUCCCCAGAUACCGGGACCGGCCGGAGCCGCCGGAGGGGACGCCACCGCCCCCCCCCCCCCCCCCCCCCAGAUACCGGGACCGGCCGGAGCCGCCGGCGGUGCGCCCGCGAGCGAGUGAUGUGUGAGGAGAGAGAGACCGGUAGAGUACCCGCACUGUACUCUGCGCCAUCUGCCAGCGCGCCAGCCCCAGUGCCAUCCAUCCCAUUGUCAGACUGUCCUGUCCAUGUUCACGGCGAGCGGCGGCGCUCGACCUCCGUCCAGGCGCCGUCACACAGCUGCGCAUGCAAUCAUCAGUGUUAUCAUGUGUGAGGCGCGCACAGUGCCCCGUCAUUCUGCUAUGAUGUGUGUUGUUUGUUUACCGAGUACCGGGCCACUCCCAGUGCUGGAAGGGGUGGCCGAAGCCGUGCGGGGGCUGCGCGGUAGUGCGCACCAGUUCCGCGGCGCCUCACGUUACAAAUGCUAUUUAUGUGGAGCCCUGCCGCUCUUGUUAUUGAGCUCGCGAGUCUCAUCGUUGUCUAGAUAAUAAAGUUUCUAGUCGAUUUA